AGUUCGUCAGACACUUCGGUAGCUUGAUAGACAACAUAGACGAAACAAUAAAGCUCUUUAGACGCUUUAGUGUAUAUUAGCCACUGUGUCUUAAACACACUUCUGUCGUCUAGUUAGUUAUCAGAUUUAAUUUAAUAUUUACGGUGUUGUUAUUAUUGGUCAUCUUGCUGGCUGGUUAAGUUAGCAUUAGCCUAGCUAGCUAACAUCUCCGACCAUGAGUUCACUGAGCUGCUCUCCUCCUGCUAAAGAAGAGGAGGUCUGCUGGACGGAGAAAGAGGGUCUGUGGCUGAAUGUUGUCGUGAAAGAGGAGAAAGAAGAGGAGGAUGUCACUAUACAAAAACAAGUAGAUGCUGAGGCCACGGGAUCAGUGUCUCUGGACAGUUGCUGCUCUGAUGAAAUUGAGAGUGACACAGAAGGAAUGGAUGAAUCCUCUGUGAGUGACCACAGUUAUGAUUCCAGAGUGGAAGAAAUGUUUUUGGAAGGAAAAGAUCCACUUUUAGAUCAUGGUAGAGACUCUGACUCUGAUGACCUCUGGGUGCCACUCCAAAGAGACCACAGUCCUCCAUCCCCUACUCGUUCAAACGUAGGAACUGGUUCCUCCAGUACGCCCCCUGCUGUCUCUGACUCCACACCCACCACGGCCCGGCCAUCUAGAGGUGUGAAGAAGUCAGCCCAGAAGUGGAGGAGGGCCAGUGAACCAGCAGCAACUACCACCGAGGCAGAGGACCGUUGGCACACUGUGCUAGAAGAUGAUGUGGAGCCACUUCCACCAACAUUUAGACCGAGAAGGCAGCCGGGACCUCAGCUGGACAUGACUGCAGAGUACAGCCCCCGUCAUCUUUUCCAGAUGUUUUUCUCCUUGUCAGUUCUUGAUUCGCUGGUUUCUAACACCAACAAGUAUGGGGCUAAGAAACAAGCAGGCAAGAAAGAGGCCUGGAAGCCCAUUUCCAUCCAAGACCUGUACUGUUACAUCUCAAUGGUUAUUUACAUGGGGUUGGUGAAGUUGAAAACCCUGAAGAGCUACUGGAGAACGUCAACACUCUACCAACUGCCUUUCCCCACCACUGUCAUGUCUUCUAACAGGUUUCUGACUAUCUCGCGGGCCCUUCAUAUCAGUGACCCACAAGUUGACGACGACAAUGACAAGAAGAGAGGCACAGCAAGCUUUGACAGGCUCUGCAAAAUCAAACCUCUCUACUCCAGCAUGGUUGAGGCCUGCAAGACCCAUUUUCAGCCCAGCCAGAACCUGUCCAUAGAUGAGAGGAUGGUAGCCUCAGAGGCUAGAGAUGGCCUCAGACAACGUAUGUGUGGGUACAAACUGUUUGUUUUGGCCGACUCUGUGUGUGCCUACACUUGGAAUUUUUGGUUUACGAGGGUAAAUCCAUCUCCGCCAUCGGUAAGGGAGUUAGUUGUGAUUCCGUUGUGGAAUUAUUGGAUUUUCCACUGCUUGGGACGGGCUUCAAACUGUUUGUGGACAACUUUUACACAAGCCCCACCCUGUUCACAGACCUGAGGAAGCUGGAUGUGUGGGCUUGUGGCACCAUCCGUCCCAACAGUAGAGGUUUUCCCAAAACAAAAGUAAACGCCAUGCCAAGGAGGGCUGAUCGGGGACCAGCGAUGGAUUCGGAAACAUGACCUGCUCUUUGUUAGGUGGAUGGACGCCAGAGAGGUGGUGAUGUGCUCCACUAUCCACAAGUCCUUCAGUGGCGAUCACGUCAACAGGCGCGUGAAGGAUGCCAAUGGUGCAUGGACCACUAAAGAUGUCCCCAUUCCUGCUGCUGUGAAGGACUACAACAAGAGCAUGGGAGGUGUGGACGAGUCAGAUGCUCUG